AUGUUAUCUGACAUUAAACCACGAACUACAUGUGCAGCAACUGCUAGGGAAAUGAGUCGUAGCUUAGAGCAGAAAUGUAGUUCAAUACGACAACAAACCUCGGAUGUUGUGAAAGAGAAGAUUCUACCACUCCGGGCUGAUGCAAGUUCACAAUAUCGAGAUACAUUUGGACCUGGACAUUCAUUUGGCCAACCAUACCGCCCUCUGCAUCGAGAAUUAAGACAAUGCGGAAGCACUGAGAAUGUGAUCCUAUUUAGGUCUUCUGAGAAUUGCAAGAUGACACAGCAGGGGAGUAAGACAUGUAAAGAUGACGAGCUUGUUAAGCACAUGUCAAAUUUACCCAGCUUUCUCCAGCAGGUAGCGAAAGAAAAAAGUGUCCAAGAUAAGGCGUUAAAUUUUGGAGUUCUUGAUUGGAAGCGAUUAGAGAAAUGGAAGUACAAUGAACCUAUGCCUGCAAAAUGUAACAGGAAAACAGCAUCAUGUAGCAAUAAUUCCUUGGUUAUGACAAGUGGACCCCCUAAAAUUAGUUCACAGCAGGGAAAACAACUGACAUCACACAGUUUACAUCCUAGUUCAUCAUCACCAGGAAAACAACCAUCAUCACGANGGGGUAAAAAUGGGUCCUCCGUCUUUUCACCUAAAACGAUCAAUGUUCAGGAAGGGAAGAGUAAGACGAGAUGCAAAGAUGAAGUCUAUGUUUCUCCUCAACAUUGCACUGUAGAGCCACAAAACAUCGUACUUCUAGUACCCAAUCAUUUCCCAAAGACGAGUUCCUUGGAAACUUCUCAGUUUACAGAAUAUAAGAUGCUAUUUGAUGGACAAUUGCCUGAAGGAAAUUGGGCCAGAUUUUCUGAUGGAUUUUCUCCUCUGGAGCCUCAUUCAGGACAAUUUGCCACUGUUAUCCCACAUUCAUGUCCCUUGCCUACUAGUUCUAUGGUCAACACCAAUUCUCGUAUGGAGCCACCCAACUCGGUCAAUGCUGUGGCCAUGGACUCAGAAUUAUGCACGACUGCAGUUCCAGAUGACAUAAUUGUCCUACCCAAAAAAUGUGAAGCUAAACGCUCAUUUUCAUUCAAUGCUUCAAAGAGAAUGGAUGUCGAUGCUGAACAGAAAACUAGAAAAGGAAGACAUCCGUCCCCUACUCGCCGCUUCAGCUUUAGCCUUGGGAAGAUGACCAGAAGCUUUAGUUUUAAGGAGAGCUCAGGAGUUCCGCAUUUGGGUUCUACAGAUACUGCUCCGAAGUCCGGCCCAGUUGGAUCCAAACUUUCGCCUAGUAUGGAGAGCUAUAACAAAGACAAAGUAGCUGCUAGUAGCCGAAGGAGGUCCAGCCCUUUAAGAAGGUUACUGGACCCAUUGCUGAAGUAUAAAGGAGCUCAUUCGGCUGAGAUUGUUCUACCACCAGAUGGAAUCUCGCAUGUCAUGCCCUCCAAGCCCAUGAGUAAUGACGGACAAAUUCAAGACAGGAAGCAUGAGGUGUCUACUUUUCAGGCUCUUCUGCAGCUUUCUGUGAAGAAUGGACUCCCUUUUUUCAAACUUGCAGCUGAUAAUAGUAGCAACGUGCUGGCUGCUGCUAUAAAGAAGUUGCCAUCGUCUGGAAAGGGUGACUGCUGCUUGAUUUAUACAUUCUACUCUGUUCAUGAAAUUAAAAAAAAGAGUAUGAGCUGGAUAAAUCCAGGACCAAAAGAUAAAAAUUGCGGACUUGGCUAUAAUAUCGUUGCCCAGAUGAAGAUUUCAAGCUCUUAUGUCCCGCAAUUAGAUUCAAUGGACUCUAGUCAAUGCGUGGUAAGAGAAUGUGUCUUAUAUGGUGUUGAUCUCGGCCAGGUGGAUAAGCAAACACCUGAGCUUUUUUUUGAUGGGGAGAUUGCAGCAAUUGUUAUUAAGAACACGUGUGAAAAGCUAAAGGACAAAGGUUUGAGCGAUAAAGGCAGACCAUUCAAAGAUAGAGAGUUUGUAAGGUGUGCCUCAAGUGAAGAUGAGGACCCUAAUAGCACGGUAGUCAUUCUUCCUGUUGGAACUCAUGGCUUACCAACUAAAGGUGCGCCCUCGCCAUUAAUUAACAGAUGGAAAUCUGGUGGAUCAUGUGAUUGUGGAGGCUGGGAUGUUGGUUGCAAGCUACAAAUCCUUGCUAACCAGGACAGAUGCAGCAAGAUUACGGGACCGUCUAUGCAUAGCUCGGCUGCAGAUCGUCUUGAUCUUUUCAUUCAGGGUGGAGAGCGAGGGAGCAAGCCGAUUUUCAGCUUGGAACCAACAAGCAAUGGAUUUUACUCUGUUGAAUUCAGUGCAUCCAUCUCUUUGCUGGAGGCAUUUUCUGUAUGUGUAGCCAGCAUAACUAGUCGAAAGCUACCUGAAAUCUUAGACGUGAAUAAUCUGUCAGAAACUGCACGAUUACCAGAAGGCACGAUUGGGAAGGAUAAGAAGAAGUCACAAACCACACUCCAGGUACCUGUGAAAUAUGUCACCUUUCCACCCUCCUCACCAGUUGGAAGGAGCUAGGUCAAGUCGCUGAAGCAAGAAAUAUAUCUUGCGAGGCAAUUCUCUGUAUAAGCUAGUGAAAAUUUUGGGAGCCUGGGUGUUAUUCCUGAAAAGCGGGAACCUUGUGCAUCGAUUAUA